GACCUCAGCAGGCCAAACCCGCAACCACCACCCAUCUUCGCCCUCCCGUCGUCGCCUCUUCCCCCCCCCCUCACGCGUCAAUUGAGCACCCCCAGAACAGCCAAGAUGCUCUUCUCCGUCUCCCGAGCUUCCAGCCGCCAGGCCGUCGCCGCAGUCUCCCGACUUGCUGGCCGCAACUCCGUUCAGAUGAGGACCUUCCUCAACCCCACCGUCUCGCGGAGAGCCGACUUCGUCCAAGAACUCUACCUGAAAGAACUCAAGGCCUACAAGGCACCAGCACUCAAGGCCAACGACGCCGAGGGCCAGGUCCUGACCUUCAACCAGCCCAAGACCCCCAAGUCCCCCGAGGAGGCCGACCUGGCCUCGUCGCUGCAGGAGUACGAGAACAUGGCCGUCGAGGUUGAGGGCAACGAGGCCGACGCCGCCGGCAAGCCCUCCGCCGCCGUCGAGGACUGGCUGGUCGAGGAGGACGAGGAGGAGCACGCCCACGGCCACUAAAUAUAUGCCGCAAGCGAGCUCAAGAGGAAAUCCAGAGACCCUUUUUUAAAGCGAUGGGCGGGGCCUGUUGGAGGAAGAUAACGACGAGCUCCUGAGCACGAGGGAAACACCUCAUCCACGCAAGAGAAGAAAAAGACCAGCAGGCGCAGCUGAUUUUUUUAUCUUGACGAAAAGAAGACGCGGGAGGACCGGUGUGCGAGGAGUAAAGGGAGACACUCGGAGGAGUAAUCCGUGUACAUUUUUUAUCAGGCUUUCCUUACGACGUUGGGAAUCGAAGACAUCGCCCUACCGGGGCAACCACUUG